CUCUGCCACACGCACACACACCAACAUGAAGGCGCUGGUUUUGGUUAUCUUGGGUCUGGUUGUCCUGGCCGCUGCCCGCCCGUCUGACAUCAUUAACAUCGAGGAGGACCAUCUGGAGCACGAGCAGGAGGGCGUCCCGGGCACGGCCGUCGAGGGCGAGUACUCUUGGGUAGCGCCUGACGGUAAUGAGUACAAGGUCAAGUACGUCGCUGACCACCUUGGUUACCGCGUCCUCGAGGACAACGUCGUGCCCGAGGUCCCCGAGCUCGAGGACGACCUCGUGCCCCAAGGCCGAGCUCUCGACACCGAUAAUGUAGUCUCUGAUGAUGACGAAGAGGACACAGCUAAGCUUCGCGCAGCUGACGACGACGAUGACGAAGAAGAAGACACAGCUAAGCUUCGCGCAGCUGACGACGACGACGAUGACGAAGAGGACACAGCUAAGCUUCGCGCUGCUGACGACGACGACGACGAUGAUGACGAAGAGGACACAGCUAAGUUUCGCGCAGCUGAAGACGAUAGCGAAGAAAAUUAAGAACAGUUACCCAGUAUUAACUGUAAACAAGGAGCAGCGAGGUGGUGACCAGACGCGGGAGUAAACACGAUGAUUUCUUGUCAAUUAAAUAUUUUCUACAGUA